CCGAGCUCUCGCGAGAUCAAUAGACUCGCCCCGCCCCCCUCUUCUCUCUCUCCACGUCAGAGGGAGCCGGAGGAGCGGCGAACAUGGCGGAGCGCAGGAGGCACAAGAAGCGGAUCCAGGAAGUUGGUGAACCAUCCAAAGAGGAAAAGGCAGUGGCCAAAUAUCUCCGCUUCAACUGUCCCACAAAGUCCACAAAUAUGAUGGGUCACCGGGUGGAUUAUUUUAUUGCUUCAAAAGCAGUAGAUUGCCUUUUGGACUCCAAAUGGGCCAAGGCCAAGAAGGGAGAGGAGGCUUUGUUUACAACCCGAGAGUCUGUAGUUGACUAUUGUAACAGGCUUUUAAAGAAACAGUUCUUUCACCGAGCAUUAAAAGUAAUGAAAGUGAAACUUGACAAAGACACAAAGAAAGAAAAAGAGAAAGAAAAAGGAAAGGUAGAAAGUGGGAAAGAGGAAGAGAAAAGAAGCAAGAAAGAAAAUCUAAAGGAUGAAAAGACUAAGAAGGAGAAAGAGAAAAAGAGAGAUGGUGAAAAGGAAGAGUCAAAAAAGGAGGAAACACCAGGAACACCCAAAAAGAAAGAAACCAAGAAAAAAUUCAAACUUGAACCACAUGAAGAUCAAGUGUUCCUGGAUGGAAAUGAGGUGUAUGUGUGGAUCUAUGACCCUGUCCAUUUUAAAACGUUUGCCAUGGGACUGAUUCUUGUGAUUGCAGUAAUAGCUGCAACCCUCUUCCCUCUGUGGCCAGCGGAGAUGCGUGUAGGUGUUUAUUACCUCAGUGUGGGAGCAGGCUGUUUUGUGGCCAGCAUUCUUCUGCUUGCCAUUGCUCGGUGCAUACUCUUCCUUAUCAUUUGGCUCAUUACUGGAGGAAGACACCAUUUCUGGUUCCUACCGAAUCUGACUGCGGACGUGGGCUUCAUUGACUCCUUCAGGCCUCUCUACACACAUGAAUACAAAGGACCAAAAGCAGACUUAAAGAAAGAUGAGAAAACUGAGGCCAAAAAACAACAGAAAUCCGACAGUGAGGAAAAAUCAGACAGUGAGAAAAAGGAAGACGAUGAUGGGAAAGUGGGAACUCUAGGAAAUAAUGGGACAGAGGGCUCAGGUGGAGAGCGUCAUUCCGAUACAGACAGUGACAGGCGGGAGGAUGACCGAUCCCAGCACAGUAGUGGAAAUGGGAAUGAUUUUGAAAUGAUUACAAAAGAGGAACUUGAACAGCAAACAGAUGGAGAUUGUGAAGAGGAGGAGGAGGAAGAGGGAGAUGAAGAAGAAGAAGAAGAAACGACUAGACCUUCAUCUGAAAAAUCAUAAACAUACUCUAUUUGGGGACUGAUUGUGUGCAAGUGGUUGGAUUUUCUAUGUUGGCUGAUCACCAAAACCUGCGUAUAGUGUUUGGAGUAGUCUUUAAAUCAGUUUGCUGAGAUCUGUUUGAUGUCCAGGCGAUUCUAUUCAGUUCUUUAUUUUAUAGGCUACUAACUCUUUUGGUACAAUCUUAAGUCACUAAUCUACAUAUUUAACAAUUUUAUCCAUUUAACAAAUAUUCUGGCAGUAAGUAGCUUUUACUCCUUUUUGAUAGUUGUCAAAGACGUAGUUUCCUCAGUGGCAUUUAGAGUAAUGGCAUUUUUGAGUGCUGUAGAGCUUCUUACUGUUAGACAUGACAGAAGAGAUGAAAGGGAAAGACCAAAAUUUUAGGUGACGCACAGGUAGCUAUUUAUGAAUAACUUUAGGACGAAAUUACUCUUGAAACUUAAGCGAUAUUUCUUAAUUUUCAUAAAAUUGUACCAGAAAAUUUCUUUAGGACUCAGAGUUAGCAGUUAUUUGCUUAAGAUAGGCCAGUCAGUGAUGAUGCAACACGAUUUUGUUUAGCUCCCAGUUCUGUCCUUUAACUACCAACUUAGGAAAUCCAGACUCAUUUGUACACUGGGUUGUGAGAGCAAUGGUUUUCUCCAGCAGAGGAAAAGGAACAGCAUAGGUUGAAAAAUGGUGGCUGUUCUUUCCCUUCCCAUCCAUCUCCUCCAUCGCAAUGAGAAAGCAUUCUGUACAUAAUUUACAAAUAAAACAAACCUUUUAUUUUAAUUGUUACUUCUUAUUUAGACAUUUUCUCAGCACUUCAAUUUGUACAAAAUUAAGACCAUUUAAAGGUAUGUUUUUAGAGAACCGCAAGUCCUGAUACCCCACAGAACAUCUGUGUGUGUACAUAUGUGUGUGUGAGUGUGGGUGUGGGUGUGGUGAGUAUGUGUGGUGUAUCGAUCUCUCCACAGCAGCUGCAGCUCGGUGCCAACAUUCCAUGUGUUUGAGCAGACUUACAGCAGCUGUUUUGCACGCCUUUGUGUUCGUUGAUUUAUCUUAAAUUUCGACAUUCAGAAACUGGAGUACUGUAUUAACAGAUUAGGAGGCACUGCUGUGAAAGAGAAUUUCCUGUUCUAAAGUACCAAUUAAAAUAAAGAACAUAAAAAUGACCAUA